AAUUUAGUAUCAAUCGAAUAUUCAAAGCGGCAAGAACUCAUCAGUACAGCCAAGGUGUUUUCAGUUGCGUUAAAAAUGAAAUUAGUUGCAUUUAUUUUGCUCUUUCUUAGUCUGCCUGCGGUUUUUGGACAAAAUACCAUUUCCGAUCAGUUUUUUAGCAAAUCUGAGAUAUGUUUUGAACUGCUGCAUGUGCCAAAUCGCUAUAGAAGCGAGUUCGGCAAUUUCAGUUACGCCGACGAAGAAGUGGUUCACAAGUAUAUUCACUGCGUGACCACCGAGCUGGAUAUUUGGAAUGAUCGCUCUGGAUUUAAUAUUGAAAAGAUCUACCAUCAAUAUAGGAAUAGAGCCAAUGAUGAGGUGAUGUUGCCCAUUAUAAGUAACUGCAAUCGCUCGUCGCAGAACAACAACAAGGAGUUAUGGUGCUACAGGGCGUUUGUAUGCAUUCUCAACACAGAUGUGGGCCAAUGGUUUAAGGAGGAUGUUCAAAGAAAGCGUCAAGCGAAUAUAUCAAAUGGUCACCACUAGAGCGAACAACGAAAAUAGUUUUACAAAAUAAAAAUCUUGUUUGUACCAAAA